CGUCUUAUGAUAGAAUGUUCUAUGAACCUAGAUGUCAGAUAAAGGGAAAACCCCCCAUUCGAGUGGAUCUGCGUUUUGAUUCUUGAGUUCCGGAGAGUCUGGGUGGUUACGAUAAAAUGAUAUCAGAUAACGUAGGGAACAUGAUAGGGUGGUUCAAUUAAUCUCCCACAUUCACCAACCACUGAUACAAAACCAAGUACACGUUGUAUGAGUGCUUCCGAGGGCGGCAGCUGCUACGACAGCUAACCAACAUGCUAUACCAAUGACACUGUGGAAUGCUUAUCUCGUACGUGCCAUAGCGAUGUCGUUGUGUAUGAUCGCUUGCUGGUUCAAAAGCCAGCUAAUGUCAACCAUCGAACGCGCCUAAGAUCACACCCCAGAUCUUUUGACCCGCCCUGCAUGAAACUUAUGAUGAUGUUCUUGUUACUUCAUACCGCCAUCAUCAUCUUGGCUAUACCUGCAGGAUCCAAUACGGCACGUCGGGCAUCUACUGCCGGAUCCUCUGUCAUCAUGACGCAGGGAACUUACCCGGAUUCUUCAUCUAUAGGAAGCAGUCGUAAUUUUAUAAGUCUUGCCUCGGAUACGCCGGAGUCUGGAAGCACGGCUUCUGUACUUGCGACCGUUGCAGGAUCGGUGGCCAGCAUGAUGACUGCGCCGACCGUGACCGGGCCCUUGCUGAUUGGUCCUAGUACAGCAACAAAUGACCCGGAAAUACCCAAUACUUGCAUACUCAGAACGUUCAACAUCGACGAAACCUCUUUGAAAGUAUACAUGGUCGGGGUAAUCCUAGCGGCGUCUUUUGCAGGCAUGACACUUAUAAUUGUCAGCCUGCUCACCUGUUCUGUGGGCAGAAAUUCACACAGUUCUUGCGCGCUGGGAACUCCUGUUUGCAGGAGAAUAUUGUGUACUCAUCGAGUUAAGGCGUAGCAGAGCUGCGCCUCUCUGCAUGCGUGAUGCUGCCAAGUUGACACGUCCUGGUGAAAUGCAACAGCAGUGUGAACGUCAUACACUAUACACUAUGUUGGUAAAUUAAUUUUACAUUUUGAGAUUACUAUCGUACACACCCUGAUCAUAAUAUGCAACGAGUGACUCCACUUUGCCAUCAUAU